UUUAUUUUCGUUUGAAAGUAGCUCGAAAGUUCGUUAAUUUCAAACGAAAUUUGUAAUAUUAAUUUCUUUUAUUAGUUUUAAAUUCUUGAAUUUUGAAAAAAUUGCAAAAAUUUGUGUUUAAGAUGCCUGUAAAUGAUAAGUGUGUUUUAAAAUUUGUUAAAUUAACCGAUAAAGCUUUUCCACCACUAAAAGGUUCGGAAAAAUCUGCAGGUUAUGACUUAAGAAGUGCCGAAGACCGCGUGGUACCGGCAAAAGGCAAAGUAAUUGUUAAUACAAAUUUACAAAUUGCUGUACCAGAAGGUACUUAUGGUAGAGUUGCACCUAGAUCAGGUUUAGCAUGGAAACAUUUCUUAGAUGUUGGCGCAGGUGUUAUUGAUGCAGAUUACAGAGGCGAAUUAGGAGUUGUUUUAUUCAAUCAUAGUGAUAUUGAUUUCGUUGUUAAGCGAGGAGAUCGCAUUGCUCAAUUAAUAUGUGAAAAAAUAGCUUAUCCAGAUCUUGAAGAAGUUCAAACAUUAGAUGAAACUAAAAGAGGAACUGGUGGCUUUGGAUCAACUGGUAUUAAUUAAUUUGCUGAAUGGAUGGAACACUAUAAAUUUACUUUUUUAAAUAAUUUUUUAAU